AUGAGACAACCGAAUUACACUACACAAGAGAUUUUGGACUGUCUUGGAAUCAAUGAGGAAGAAUUGUAUGAAUUUAUAGGUUUAAAACAUGUACAUGUGGAGCUUGAUAUAUCACAAGAGGGUAUGGAUCCAGAGGGAAUCAUUAAAGAGGAUAUAGGUAUUGAGGGCAUAGGUAAGGAGGGCAUGGAACAAGAAGGUAUGGAUCAAGAGGGCAUGGAUCAAGAUGGAAUGGGUGUACAAAGGAUGGAUCAGGAGGGAAUCAAUGAUAAUGGCAUGGGUGUACAAGAGAUAGAGCAGGAGGGCUUAAUUAUAGAGGACAUGGUCAGGAAGCCAAAACUGAGAAAGAGGAAGCCUUUAGAAAGGAUAACAUAA